AUGCAAUGCGUAUUGGUUGUUGCAGGAAAGAUGGUGGAGACCGGAGGAAGCACUCUUCGUUCCACUGUUUUUCAUGACCACUCAGUGUGGGCCGUUCUCACUGUCGUUCUUGUCCAGGACUUUUAUGUGGGUGCAACACUCGGAAAAGUUUUGAACAGGGUGUUGGCAACGGCGUUUGCUGGUGGUCUUGCGGUUGCAGUCAGUAAAAUAGCAAGUUUUUCUGUAGAUGUGGGAAAGCUCGUAACCUGGGUCUUUGAAUCUUUCGUAGAAUCUCUUUAUAAGAGUAGCGAGAAUAAACUGUUAAUUGUUGCAGGAGUGAGGUUAUUAAUGAUCAUAUUUGGGAGUUUUAUUGCUCUUAUGGUAAAUAUUUGUAUACACCCCGUUUGGAUCGGCCAGGAACUUCAAAAUCAAAUUUCUUCCAAUGUCGUAAAGCUCGAUACAGCAGAAGCUGAGGAUGAUGACCCAUUUCUAAGUAUACUCUCUUCAAAGACUAGUGAAGAAACAAUGGCUUUUUGGGCAAGAUGGGAACCUUGUCAUGGCAGCUUCAGGUUCCGCCAUCCAUGGAAGCAAUACUUGAAGAUUGGAGACAAGAUUCGGUCGUGUGCUUGCAGAAUUCAAGCUCUCAGUGUCUCUCAUCUAACCCCAUAUGAAAUUCGAAGCAGGAUUGAAGAGCAAUGCAAAAACAUGAUGGUUGAAUCUGGGAAGGCCCUUAGGGAAUCAUCAUUUAUGCUUAAUCUGAUGGUUAAGUCAGCAAUGCCAAAUCUCCAUGUGACGAAUGCCGAAAGUGCUACUGAAUCUCUUAAAUCUCUUCUGAGAGCAAACCCGUGGGAAGGUGGUGAUUUAGUGGAGAUACUACCGGCCAUUACAGUGGCAUCACAUCUAAUUCAUAUAGUUUUGUGUGUUAAGGAAAUUUGUGAAGCUGUUGAGGAACUUGCAAACCUUGCAAAUUUUGAGCCUUCCGAGAUAUUCCAUCGAGGAACAGUGCAAUCUACUUCUGAUAAUGAUGGUACGGUUGCUGUGAUUACUGAAAGCCCAUAUGAUGCAUGA